GAGGCCAUGGCGUGGGGGUCCAACUCGACGUCCCCCCCUCCGUCGGUGUGCAGCCUGCCCUGCGGCCCCGGCGAGCGCAAGAAGCCGGUGAAGGGGGUUCCGUGCUGCUGGCACUGCGAGCUGUGCGGGGGGUACCAGUACCGCGCCGACCCCCUCACCUGCCUGCCCUGCGCCUCCCACCUGCGGCCCACCCCCGACCGCACGGCCUGCCGGCCCACGCCCGUGCUGCGCCUCAGCUGGGGAGACCCCUGCGCCGCCGUGCCGGUGGCCCUGGCCACGCUGGGGCUCAUGGCCACGGCCUUCGUGCUGGCCACCUUCGUGCGCCACCACGACACGCCCAUCGUGAAGGCGUCGGGCCGCGAGCUCAGCUACGUCCUGCUGGCCGGCAUCGCCCUGGUCUACGCCAUCACCUUCCUCAUGGUGGCCGAGCCCGGCGUGGGCGUCUGCGCCCUGCGCCGCCUCUUCCUGGGGCUGGGCAUGAGCCUCACCUACGCCGCCCUGCUCACCAAGACCAACCGCAUCUACCGCAUCUUCGAGCAGGGUAAGCGCUCGGUGACGCCGCCGCGGUUCAUCAGCCCCACGUCCCAGCUGGUGAUCACCUUCACCCUCAGCGGCCUCCAGCUGGUGGCCGCGGCCACGUGGCUGCUGGUGCGGCCGCCCCACGCCCUCAUCGACUACGAGAUGGGCCGGACCCCCGACCCCGAGGCGGCGCGGGGGGUCCUGCGCUGCGACAUGGCCGAGGGGGCCACGCUGGCCUGCCUGGCCUACGCCCUGCUGCUCAUGCUCACCUGCACCGUCUACGCCGUCAAGGCCCGCGGCGUCCCCGAGACCUUCAACGAGGCCAAGCCCAUCGGCUUCGCCAUGUACACAACCUGCGUGGUGUGGCUCGCCUUCGGGCCCAUCUUCUUCGGGGCCGCCCAGUCCGCUGACAGGGUCCACGUGCAGAUG